AUGACCCUGAUAUUCUUCUCUUAAUUGAAAACGAACAAUUUCUUCGCGAUCUUCGUGGUUCACCGCUUGUGAAUGCACAAGUUCUGAGGUGGUAUGAGACGUUCUUGUCGUCUGUUGAAUGGACGGUGACUUGUGAUGAGUAUCUUCAACUAAAGACACAUUGCUGUUUUCCAUUUGCAGUGGGGUUUUAUGGUCUGGGAACUCGAUUCAAUUACAUCGAUCCACAGAAUUCACACGCAGACGCAAAAAGAAAGACGGGACAG